CGGGCCCGCGGAAAUGGGCGAGCAUAAUCUUCUUAAUCCCGGGUUUGUGGGACCUUUGGUAAACAUCCACACUGGAGACACUUUUUACUUUCCGAAUUUCAGAGCCUCGGGGGGACAACUGGCGGGGUUGCCGUCUCUCCCCUACCCGAGAAGGGACAAUGUUUGCUCCCUCCCGUGGAACCCAUCGGAGCCGUGCAAUGGAUACUCUCAAUCCUACUUUAGCAGCCCCGUAUCUAUUAACCCUUCUUUCAACCGGUCGUGUGAAAUUACUCGACCGGAGGAGGGUAAAUGUUAUUAUAGCAACGGCAGCGCAAGCAGCAGAGAGAACUGUUCCGGGGGUGGCGGGAGCAGCCUAAAACGAGAGGAUAGAGUGAGGGACACAUCAUCAUCCAUAACAUCUGAUCACGGUAUGCACACUGGCAUGGGCAGCAACAACAGUGGUGCCUUUUCCAAGUAUGAUUAUGGGACCGAGCAACUCACUCAAGACCCGCAGUCCUGCCUAUCUCUGGAAUCCGAUUCCAACUCCUCGCCUCUCAAUGAGGGCAGCAAACCGUCCUCCAGCGACCCUCAGACCCUGGUGUCACCGGGAAACCACACCGUCCACUCGGGCAACAUAGCUGCAGGCGGAGGUGCCCCGUGGUACCCGAUGCACAGCCGGACCCGAAAGAAACGCAAGCCCUACUCCAAGCUCCAACUGGCCGAACUGGAGGGCGAGUUCAUGCUGAAUGAGUUCAUCACCAGACAGCGGCGGAGGGAGCUCUCUGACCGCCUCAACCUCAGCGACCAACAGGUUAAAAUCUGGUUCCAGAACCGGCGUAUGAAGAAGAAGAGACUGAUGAUGAGGGAGCAAGCUUUGUCCUUCUUUUAGAUUUAGUAGAGAGGCAGCAGCAUACGGAGACUCGAUUGAUAGGCAGUAUUUAUCCUGUCUGCAAUUGCUAUAAAUGCAUGCAAGCACCUAGCCUACUCUCACUAAAUCUCCAUCACACAGGAGGUACAAAAUGUUCAGGAAACUGUUUAAGGUGUAGGCCCCAAAGAAAACGAUCAAGUGAUACUGCUGCCAUAACUUAGAAUCUCUGCAGUUAUGCCAGAUAGUACUGCCUGUAUAGUGUUAUGGUAAAACACUUAUACGGACGUUUAUAAACUGUGAGAUGAUAUUCUUGCGUUCCCCGCCGGAUAGGCCUAAAGGAUGGAAUUAGUGCAUGGUGUCCUAGACUCUAGUAAGUUCCCAAGCCCUUAAAAAUGAAUAAUUUAUUCUGAUAAAUGACUUAUAACCGCGUAAUAAUCCUUAUUAGUCAUAUGGCCAGUAAAUAUGAAUUUGAAAACUAAAUGAACUAAAUGAAAAGCAAUAUAGCCUAAUAAAUAAAUGAGGCCAGAUUGAGAGAUGAACCUGUAAUCAGGCCAAUUCUCCAAUGUAGGCCUAAAUGAAUCCCCUUUAGGCGCAUUCAUUGUCACUGACAGUGAGGACAUUUCCAGUUGUUUAAUAUCUCCCAAAGUUCACGUGUAAUUGAUGCAGAACACAAUACCCUUAUCUACUUUUCGUAGUCUCCACCACGUGUUUGGGCACAUGUUUGGUCACGUUCACUGUCACCGGCACCGAUUCAGACUCCAAGCCGCACAAAAUCCAUGCCAACCUCUUUAUGGCUGCAGCGCAUUUAACUAUUAUUUGCCAUGAAUUCGUUCAUGUGCUGACAACCUUUUCGAGAUAUUUUCAUAUUUUUUUCAUUGCCUCUCUCCUCAUCUCCCCCCUCUGAGCCAACCGCCUCUGAAUAACUUUAGCGUUCACUCUUAGAAAAAAGGAUCCAAAAGGGUUAUUCGGCUGUCUCCAUAUCAUAGGGGACUGGAAAAGUCUAAACGAUCCUUGAGACUUCCCAACUCUGACGUCACCCCGUUGAAGUCGACAUUUAAAACGGUUAAGGUAAGGUUUAAGGUUAUGGUUAGGGUUAGGUAAGGGUUAUGAUUGAGGUAAGGUUAAGGGUUAACCUUUUA